GUGAUCGAUACUACACGCGCCGGGUGCUGUAAGACAUUGCCCGAAAUGAAAAAGGAGAUGAAGAAGAAAAAAUCCCUUCCGCCCCGAGACGAUGGAUGUGUGUGUGUGGGUCGAGUCGCGGCUGCGCGCGCGGGAGCAGCUCCUCCUGGCAGAUGUGGGAUCUGAUGCUGAGCAGCAGGAUCCCAGUUGUCGUCACUUUUUGAUGGAAUGGAUGAACUUUCCUCCUCACACGUCCAGAAUGACUGCUGCCCUAUCGCCAUCGUCCAUCACCACUAGGAGGAUCGCCACGUCUACAUUUUGGUUAUCCGGCCAGGAUCAGCAACAACAUUGUGUCGAUUCGUCACUGACAACAUCCGAUCCCGUUCAAUGUCUCAAGUUGCUUAGGGAACUCAAUGGCCAGGUAUCGGCCUAUCAUCAAUUGGCCACGUCUUUGGGCACAUCCAGUGGAGACGGCCAAAAUCUUCGCGGCCGACUGAAACGCACCAGGCGACGAGCUCGUCAGCUGGCCAGUAUCGUUCGACGGUUAAUCCUCACGUUGGAUAAUAAUGUGGGUGGUGAGUCGUCUGGCCGGCUGUGGUGUCUCCUCUACUGCUGCCUUUACGUCCUGGCACUGGAAAUGCAGAGGACGUUGCAAUUGCAGUGCACGUUCGCCCUUUAUCCGGCUGCGGGAUUCAUCAACACUGGGCUGGUGGUUGUCCAGCAACAGCAAAUGAAACCGGCCAACAAGCAGCAACAAAAGAAACAAAAGAAGAAGAAGCCGAAAGCCAGCAACAACAAUCGGACCAACAAUCGUCGGUUGCAAAAUCACAUGGAGUCGAGUUGUUUGGUCGACGAUGACGACGACGUCCCACUGGCGGAUCUCUUGAGCCUGGAAAGGGCCGAAAUCAAUCAACUCCAACAGGAAAUUGAGGAACUGGAAGGAGCGCUGCAAGAAUUGCGUACCAACUACAACGUAGUGGAGAUUGAAUCUUAUCUGACGAUGACAGAUCCACUGGAACGACUGGGCUGUGAUUCGGCCUCAUCGGCCGUGUGCCAACAACACAAUAGAUCGAUCAUCAACAACCAGACAACAACAACAUCAACGACGACGACGACCUGCUAUUAUUACAACAGCAACGACAGUGGCGGCGCUAGUGGCGGCUAUUGCAAUGUCGCCGACGAUUCGAUCGGUUCAUUGUCCUCGUCUUCUUCCUACCACGAAGAGGAGGAAGAGGAGGAGGAGGAGGAUUCCAGUAGUGUAGUUAAUCAACGUCGCUGCCUUUGUGUUGUCAUGGCAAUCGUCAUCAUCGUCUUCAUUUUGGCCACCAUUCUCGGUGCUUCUCUUUAACUCUCAACUCUCUCUCAACUUGAUUCAAAAUGUUUUUUGAUAUUAUCCUGCGAAGGAAACGAGACGGAUCAAUACAAUUUUGUACAGAG